AUGGCCACGUUCAACUCUAUGCCGGCCAUGUCAGCCGGUGCGCCAAACGACGCAAUGGGCUUGAAUCACGCCGCACCUGGCCAACAGAUGGCAAUGGAGCAUUUUGAUCAAGAUUUUAAUUUUGACGAGGCUGUCCUGGAUGGCGGCCCGUUGCCUACCCUUCCUUUCACACCGGCGUAUGAUUUUGAUCACUUUGCGACGACAUUUGAAGAUCCAUUCGCCUAUUCGACACGGGCGUUUGAACCCACGCCCAACCCCGAUGCUCUCAAUGAAGAAUCAUCGCCCCAGGAGCUCGAUAACAAGUUGCUGGGGUUUUCAGAUCCAAUUAUGAAUACCACAGUAGUGGACGAGACUGGCAAAUUUGCUGAUGUCAAUAUGAGUGCUGAGCUAUAUGGCAUGUUCUUCGUUGCGGAGGAUGUUUUCGGCGGGGACAACUCAGGGCGUCCUCUUGAACUGACCUGUUACCGCCGCAACCUAUGGCAAUGCUCAGGACAAAUAACUCUCCCAAAGAACCUCUCACAUCUCAUCGACGAGCAGGGCCGCCAAUUCCCAGUGGAUGAGUUGUCAGCGUCUAUUACCGCAGUCGAGUCUAUUGAAGGAAAGGCCACAGAAAUCAUCUCUAUCCCGUGGAAGAGCUCAAAUCCCCAGGCGUCUGAGGAGACAAAAGUUGCGGCCGCUCCGCCCCAGAUCCCGCUGGACCUUGGCACAGCUCAGGAGGUUGAUGCAGUCCGAGUCACCCUGCCGGUGUCCUGGAAGCGCUUACAAUUCAAACACGCCACGGCCAACAAUGGACGACGAAAGGGACUCCAGCAGCACUAUGUAGUCCAGAUCAACCUUAUGGCCAAGUCCAAGUCUAACGAGACAAUGAAGAUUGCAGAGAUUCAGUCUGGUCCGGUCAUUGUACGUGGGCGCAGCCCGCGUAAUUUCGAUAGUAGAAAGGACGUGCCCCUGACUGGUGAAAAGAGACUGGAAAGGAAGAAUACUGCAAGCUCUGAUAAUGCGGCCCUGAAAAUGGAGAGGGAAAAUUUGCAAGCGACAAUGCAAAGAUUCCAGUCCUUGGGAGGCGUGGCGACUCCAUCUGAGUGGUCAGGGAACCCGCAACCCGUUCCUCAGCCAAAUAGUCAAAGCCCUCAUCCUGCCAAAAGAAUGGCUGUGUCGCCUACAGUUGCUCGACCACCAGUGCCAUCUUGGUCAACAGACGGAAAGAACAUGGCAGCACAUAGAGGCUCGAUAAGUCGGCAAAAUACUGCCGUCCCCAUCAAUCUUUCAUUAUCCGAAGACGAGAAAAGUCCCAAUAGAUCAAGUGCAGAGCUCCAGAGCCCUCAAAUGGGCAAGGCUCACCCUGUGUCGGGACAGAAUGCCGGGAACAGCCCUGCCGAUGAUCCCGAUCCUCUUUAUGAAUACUUUCCUUUGACGGUGGACGACUGGAUGCCACCCAUCGAUGCUGUUUACAGACCGCACGUUGUUCAUCACACAAUUGUACCCCCCGAAAUCAAGGCUCAGCAGUCACAAAGUAAGGCAAAACGGUAUUUUGCGGCCGAAUAG